AGCAUUGUGUGAAGAUGAGGUAGAUCCUUGAGCAAAAGUAACCAUAAUGCAAUAGUAACUUAUUUGUGAUUUUUUUAAGUACAAUUGUAUCUAUUUAUUAAUUUACUUAUUCGCCUAUUUACUGUAUUUAUUAAUUAAAUUAUUUGUUUCUUGAACACUUGGCCUCCAACAGAUACUUUCAAAACAAACUAGAGCCAUAUUCAAAUUCAUUCAUCUCACAUUACUGACAGCAAGUGUUAAAGUUGUCAUUGUCCUGUGGGUUUCUUGAGUUGAACAUUGACUUUGGUUGGAAAAGGUCAUAUCCAAUUGGAUAGAACCCUAAUCAUCCACAUUAUCAGCCAAUAACCAAUAGUGGCUUUAUUUCUCUUUUGUCAUUUUAUACACAUAAGUCUACUUAUUUACUUGUGUUUGGGAACAAACACAUUGUAUUCAAAUGAAAUCUGAAUUUGUCAUAUCCUUUUUUUCCGUCCAGCGUAUGUUGUUGAAAACUGUAUCUCAGUCAGUUAAGUCUUUUGUCAAAUAUUUGUAUGACAAGACAACAUCCCAUGCAUACGCUAUUGUUAUGUUUUUCUAUCCAGUGAGUUUUCAUCGUAAGGCCUCUGAAUCCUAUGGGAUGCUUGUCAUUCUGUGUUUUGCAUUUCCUCUCUGGCCUCAAACAAAACAGUUGAAAUGCAACAAGACACAAGUACACAAAAUGUGAAGCGAAAUGAAAAUUGGACUGGAAGUCACAAGAUUGAUUUAUCUGAAUCGUAGCGCAAAAGGAUUAGUAUUGUUACGAUAAUACAUUUUAUCGUAGCUACUAUUAUAAUUUAAUUUAUAUGAUAUACUUUUUUAAAUUUAUGUCAAGGCUGUGGUGUAAACUGUGACAGUACACAUUUGAGAAAUAAAGUUAUUCAAGCCUUGAGAUCUCAGAUCUGACUAUGGUAUGGGCAAAUUCUCUCUUUUUUUGGUGGCAUUUCUUGUUUUAAGGUGUCUCCAAUCAAUGCCUGUUUUCUCUUUUGAUUGAGGUGUAUGGCCUAUGCGCAAACCACAUUUGUCUCAAUCAACAUCAGUGAUGGUACCUAUUUCAAAUGGCCACAUGAGGGCUGGUGAAACAUCUGCCACUACAGUCACUUCAGUACAGCGUUAUAUCUCCCUUUUUUAGUUUGCACAUACAUGCGUACGUACGCCACAAUACUAAAGCCCAAUUUAAAUUAUCUUCAUUCAGUCGCUCACAUCACUCUUUCAGUUCCUCUCCAUAAUCGUGACGAUUCAAAGUAAUUUGUGGACAAUUUGAGGAACAGCUGUUUGAAGGGGAGUGAUCUCAACCGAGUAGAGAUUGCUGGGUCGAAGGGAGAUUGGGUGGAUCAGUGUUGAUGAGUGUACUACAUAACUUGAACACUCCAAAUGACGGGAUGAAAGCGAGGGGGUGAGCGGCGCACAUACUGUACAUUCUCUAAUUCCGCUCCUCAUUCAGAGUAUGGCAUGACCUUCGGAAAGCGGGGCGGUGACUUGUCAUCCGGGUCAAGAUGGGGAUUCCCCGGAGGCGAACAGAUAAACACUAUAGAACAACAAAUUACCCUUAAAUAAUAUGUAGUGAACUACAAAGUAGGAUCAUGGAUUUGCUUAAAGUGGAGCGUAAGAAAUGGUGGGAGAGAGAGCGAGAGAAUGUGACGAUGGAUGAUAGAUAGAUAUAGGGAGCAAAGGGAGAGAAAGUAACAGAUGGGUUUGUGAGGAUUAAGUGAAAUCUGGGUGGGUUUGUGAUAGAAACUCACCCAAGAAAGGCAGAAGCGUGAGGAAGAGAGGGAGAGAAAAGGUAAAGAAAGUUAAUCUGGUAGAGGACAGAGUGUAGAGGGUCGAUGUCUCUGAAGGCCUUAUAUGGUAUGUUUUUUUGCUUCUUUAAUUUCAGUUUCCUUUUUUUUUCUUCAUUCACAAACAUCGGUUCAGUAAUUUUCAUGCGUGUAUUGUACAACCGUAUGGGGGGACAAGGACUCUAUGGAAAGCCCGGCGAUAUGCAGCACAGAGAAAAUACAACUGGUAUGGCCAUUUGAACUCAAAUCUAGUCACAGCUAUUACAGGAAAUUAAACUGCGUGUGUGAUUGUGUGGCUGUGUCAUAUUUAAUCAUAUUGCUGGACAAUGGGGAUAGGAGAUUUUCUUUGCUUUACGCAUUAAAUUGAUGCGGUUCCUAGACUGCUGCAAAUAUUUUCCGGUUUCGAGUCAAGUGGAAGGAGAUAUUGAUUGACAGAUUGCAACAAACCGUUUUGUUGAAACGCUUACAGAUUUGGAAAAUUAAGAGCUUGUAAUUUAAUACUUUUGGGGGAAAUUGACAAUGUUUGAAGGAUAUUCUAAUUGUUGAAAUAUUUUGGUGUCAUGAUGGGAUAAAUUAAAUACCGGAGUCUGAUUAACUCCUCGUUUUACUGUAAUGAGGAAUAAUCUCUGUCAUUAUUUUGUGCCGCAAUUGACAAACCAAUUUGGCAACAACACAGCUUUACUCUCUUCGAAAAAAGGGUUCCAAAAGGUUAUUUGGCUGUCGUCUUUUUAUUACAUUUUUACAUGUAACAUAUGCUCUAAUUCAGAGUCCAGGUUCCUACAUGGAACCCAACAGGGUUCUACCUGGAACCAAAAUGGGUUCUUCAAAGGGUUCUCCUAUGGGGACAGCCGAAAAWCCAUUUUGGGUUAUAGAUGGCACCUUUUUUUCAAAGAGUGUAUAGUGGUAAUAUAUGCAGAUGUCGCCAGAUUAAAUAAAAAUACACAAACAUCUGUGAUUCUGCUAUCUUUGUCAGAUUGCUAUUUUACAUAAAGACCAUAUCAGCACAGAUGGAUUCAUAUUUCAAUGAUUAUUCCCUAAAGCAAGGUUCGCGGACGGAAUUGGUCCCCCCCAAGUUUUCUGAGCAACAAAAUAAAAUAAAAACAUUUUUGUUUCAUUGUAGAACAGUAAAAACACCAGUAAAUAAGAUCCACGUGAUUUUAAUAUAAGAAAUCUGUUCCCAAGUAUUCCCACGCAUAAUAGAGAAAAAUGUGAUGGUAAGCAAGGUUGAAAUGAUUGCUUUAUGCAAGUAUUAUACUGUAUCUGUUUGGGCUUUUUGCGGUCAAUUUGCAGUCUACAAAUGAUUUGUAAUUGUGUUCCGGCCCCCUGACCAUCCGCUCAAGAACAAAUCGGCCCGRGUCUAGUCGAUGAUCCCUGCGCUAAAGUAUCCAAUUAUCAUUCAUGGAGUCAAGACAGACCUCAGAGGUGCGUUUAGUUCGCUUGAACGUUUGCUACGUUGCUGAACGGUUUGUUUGGAACAACACGUUUCCCCAAAACGUUAUUGAACAAAGUUUGAGGUAUGUUUGCUCCUGUUUGGUGGGUGUGGCGAGGUGUGGUUUGAAGCAACGUGUGACGUGUUUAAAGGGCAGUGGCCAUGCUGACUGCGUUCCCCAUCUCCCAACCCCUCCUUGUUUUUCAACUGGUCGUUCGGUACCUUUUCUGUACAAUUGAACGUUCCAGAACGUAAAUCGUACUGAACGCAGCCCAGACCAGUACACUAAACCAUCCGCAUAGUAUGAUGAGUGUGAUGAUGCAGAAGAUUGUGAUUAUGAAGAUUGUGAUGACAGGAUAUGAUGACAAUUAUGACGAUGAUUGGAUGACGAUUGUGCGGAUGAUUGUGAUGAUGCAAAAGAUUGUGAUGAUGAUGAUGAUAAAGAUUGUUGUGACGAUGAGAUGAUGAUAAUGGUCUGUUUGCGUAAUCCACAUAGUCCAAUGUAUAUACAAUAUGUCAUCUCACAUUUUGCUGACUAUAUGUAUUACAUUGUUGUCUAARCCUAUUGCCAUGUGAUAUGAAAUGUUUCUACAUAAAGGAGAUUACAUCAUGAACAGUGCUUUCUGUAGAUUGUUUCCCCUUAAUUACUCCUCCCGAAAUUAAUCCAAAUGAUUUGUCUUGCUCUAUAGGUGGUUGGACAGAUGUUACGAGUGUGGGAUUAAACAGAUUGAUUUAGUACAGGGAGAUGAACACAGAUUAAUGAGGAUUACGGGUCAACAGAGAGGUAGACUAAUCAUUAUAUCAAAUCACAAUCUUCCUAAGAAAGCCGAGAUGCACGGGAAGAACAGAAUGUUUCCUGAGAAAAAGAAAGGAGACAGGAGAAAAUAAUUAGUGGUUGUAUAAAACGUGGUAAAAUGUAAGUGUUUAUCUUCCAGGACACAACUGUAUACCAGGGAACACAUGACAAAUCCAUGUCAUAUACUGGAAAUAUGGGAUGUAGCAUAUGGACGUAAAAUGUAAGAAAUUCAUUUAUUAUCAUUUUUUUCUUCCAAAUCAAAAGCUCUCUGCCUGAUUGCCUCAGUUCAAUGACUGCUUUGAUUUGCAAAUUAACCACCACAAGUUGUUAUUGCGGGACCACAGCUGGAUCAGCAUGUAAAGGGUGGAGGAAUAUCGAGAGGACUAAUUGAAGAAGGUGACAGAGGCUAGCCCUCAUCCAAUCCAUCUGGCUCAGCGAAUAAAUCCUCCACUCUAUUGCUUCUUCUUCUACUUCUUCCAUCCCAUAAUUUUCUCACAGUUUCCUAAUCCCACUCUGCCAUACCAUCCCUUUGUCAAUCCCCCUUUCUCUAUAUCGCUCCAUUCCAUUUCCCUCAUUCUGCCUUGUCAUUGAGUCCCCCCACAGUUCCCCCCUAAUCGUUGUCACUGCCCUCACUCUAGCUGAUCUCUCAUCUGUCAUCCCUGUACCCGUCCUCUAACCAGCCCCAUCACCCUGUUUCACCAUCAUUCGUCUCAAGCUCCUCUUGAGACACCCCGUCUCUCCCCCGACCUCUCUCCCACCUCUGUCUCUCCAUCGGAGGGCCACUAUUUCUCUUAGCAGUGGCCCUCGCCCCACACCCAUAAGCCACCAUGCUGGAGAACAUGUCACGAUGCAACCGCUCCCUGCUCUCCCUGUCCCUUACCUCACUGGCCCUGGCACUGUCCAUCCUGGCCUUCUGCACCUCGUACUGGUGCGAGGGGACCCACAAGGUUGCCAAGCCCCUCUGCCUCUCCCCGGUCAAGUUGAAGAACUGCGGCCAGAACAACAGCCAGCCCUACACCACAGAGAGUCCCACUCUGGACCCUAAGAAGCCGUCAAACAACAUCACCUUGUCGCCACUGGAAAAGGAAGAGCAGGCGAGGCUUCAGAAAAAGGCCCUCGCCAACGCAGUGCACUACAUCUGGGAGACAGGCGAGGAUAAGUACAUGCUGCGCUACUUCCACACAGGUUUCUGGUUGUCCUGCGAGGCACACAACGAGGAGGAGAAAUGCCGGAGCUUCAUUGAAUUGACUCCAGGAGAGACACAAGGGGUGCUGUGGCUGUCAGUAGUAUCAGAGUUUGCGUACAUAGGCCUGUUGGCCAUGGGCUUUCUCCUCAUGUGGGUGGAGGUGCUGUGUCUCUGUGCCCAUAAGGAGAUGUACGCUCUCAAGAUCAACGCCUUUGCCGCUAUAUGCACUGUCCUUUCAGGUCUGAUGGGGAUGGUGGCUCAUAUGAUGUACACCACAGUGUUCCAGAUGACUGUGAGCAUUGGGCCAAAAGAUUGGAGACCACAGACCUGGGACUACGGCUGGUCAUUUGUUCUGGCCUGGAUCUCCUUCAGCUGCUGCAUGGCGGCGGCUGUCUUCACCCUCAACUCCUACACCAAGACGCUGAUAGAGAUGAAGCACCGAGCCCGCGUUCGUCUAGAGGAGGCCCGGGCGGCCAUCCAGGCGCCCUCCUACGACGAGGUGUUGCAGGGGGCCGGGGCCGUCUGCUCAGUCAGCGGCCGGCUCCAGCACUGCAAGCAGGGGGCGUUGAUCGACCCCGGUCCGGGGGUUCCAGAUCACAGAGGGCUGGUGAUGAUGGCUGGUGGCUGUGGGACAAAGGGGUGUGAGGACUGYGAGAGAGAGAUGGACGAGAUUGAGGACGCCCUGGAUAGGGAGGAGAGGGAGGAGAUGGAGGGAGAGGACUGUGAGAGGUGCUGA